AUGUUCAUUCUGGUUGUAUUGGCGGUUGGCGCAGCUGCGAUCUUGUAUUAUUUCCAGACUCAAAAUCAGGCUGGCGAUGACAAGAAAAGUGGAUCAAAAAAGAAAGAAGUGUCGGUUCGAAAAGCGCCUUCAUCUCGUGGCGAACCACCAAAAUCAUCAGAGAAACCUCCGCCAUCAACAAGAACUGCGAUAUCAGGAAAAGUUCCAUCUGUUCGUAAACCAGUUGAAGAGGCUCCAAAAGCACCAUCAGUUAGAGAAAAUGUGCAAGCUUCACCAAAAGCACCAUCUGUUCGUGAACCAGUUCAACCUUCUCAACAAAAGACACCUUCAGUCCGCGAAAAUAUCCAGGCUCCACCAUCAACUCGAACUGCAAUCUCAGGAAAAGUUCCAUCGAUUCGUGAACCAGUUCAAGCUGCUCCUCAACAAAAAGCUCCGUCGAUCCGCGAAAAUGUUCAGGCUCCACCAAAAGCCCCUUCAAUCCGUGAACCUGUUCAAGCACCACAAGUCGAUUCUGUCUCCUUGGCGCCACCCACAAAUGACGGAGCUCAACCGCCAAAACCAGGAGGACCUGAUUCGUUAGUUCUUGGACCAACUCCAGAUGCUGUUGCUGCAGGUGCCGCAGAAGCUGCACGACCACCUCAAGAUGUUGCAGCAGCCACAACACCAGAGACUUCAGCGGCUGCACCACCAGCUUCUGAAAAAUCGGCCAAAAAGAGCAAAAAGACCAAGAAGAGUGUAAGUUGCUAAUUUAUUUAAAUUCAGAUCAAAAAUAAUUUUUUCUUCUAAUUUCAGAAGAACAAGAAGAGCAAAACCAAGUCUAAGAAAACCGCGUCGAAAAAGAAGAAGAAGAAGGUCAAAACUCCAGUUCACGAUGAGCCAGAAGCUAAUGUCAAGACUGCAAAUGAGGCAACAGAUACUCCCGAAUCUGGUGUUAAAACAGCAAACGAUCAGGGAAUGGAUAAGCCAGAAUCCGAUGUCAAAACUGCUUCAGAUGCUGGAUUAGACAAACCCGAAUCUGAUGUCAAAACUGCAACUGACAAAGGGAUGGACAAACCAGAAUCGGAUGUGAAGACAGCUUCAGAUGCCGGAAUGGAUAGACCAGAAUCAGAUGUGAAAACCGCUCAAAACAUCUCUGAAACUCCUGAAUCUGGUGUGAAGACUGCGAAUGAAAUUGGACAAGAUGCGCCGGAAUCUGGAGUGAAGACAGCGCAUGAUAUAAGUGAGAAAUCAGCACCGGAAAGUGGAGUAUCGACUGCGCAUGAGAUUCAAAGUGAAUCGACUGAAACUUCGAAUACGAGAAAGAAAAAGGGAUCGAAGGAUAGAAAAAAGAGAAGUGAGUUUGGGCGAAUUUUUCGGAUAAAUUCUUGCCGGAAAUUUUAAUUUUCAAAAAGUUCCCUUUUUCAGAGCGCACCAAAAAACGAAGUGGAAGUAAGGCUUCAGCAGGUGGACAAGAUCCAGAGAACUCGUCAUGA